AUGCAACCUACCACAAUAGGAGCACAUGAGGUAGCUGAAGAGAUACAGACUGCUGACGAUGAUGUUGACCUUACACAUGAGGUGAAUGAAGAGAUACAGACUGACAAUGAGGAUCUUGACCUUGCUGAAGCUUAUGAAGAUCUGUACAAGAACUGGUGUAAGGUUCUGGUUUCCUCAAUAGCGGCCGCCAAUAAUAGUUCUGCUAGUUUUAAGCGGAUUGUUUCUGAAGCUAUUUCUGUUUCACCACCGCUCAUUACGCCUGACUACUGGUCAGUCGACGGGCCCCAGAUAGCCCAGUCGGGGUAUCCAUCAUUAGUCCUUCACUCUCUCGAACUCUUGAAAGACAAUGACUUGGGAAAAAAUUGCUUUGAGGCCUACGAGAAUUCAAGAAUUUACAAAGAUAAGACGAAAGCAUUCCAUGACAAGAUGAUUUUGAGAAAGGAAUUUUCAAUUGGACAAAAAGUCCUACUCUUCCAGUCACGGCUUCGUCUAUUCCCAGUAGAGGUUCAAAGUUUGCAAACUUUCAAGAUAUUUAAGGUGAAUGACCAUAUGCUUAAACCUUACCAUGAAGGAUUUCGGGUUGAAAACAUUGCAGAAGUACUUCUUGAAGAUCCAGUUUAUUAUUUUGAAUAA